UACAUUCACACUAUUCAGUAUUCCGUAAUUUUUUGAAUAGAUUUUGGUCAUUCUAUUUCUAUUCUGGAAACCUGGCAGCAAAAUGUACGAUAAAAUAAAAUAAAAUAUAAUGCAGCAAAAUUAGUCACUUCUCAUGAUCUCCAAAUGAUCUUCCUUGUCUGAAAAAACAACCCAAUAAUAAACAAAGAAAAAUAACCAAAUCCAAGACCUUAUUUUCUUCUUUCUCCUCUGUUCACUCUCUCUCUCUCUUUUAGCCAUGAAGUUUCAGAGAGGGUACGUUUCUACAAAGUCAAUGCACCGACUAAUGAGCUUUCCUUCCAUGGAUCUGAGUCUCUGCUAGCUCAUUUUGAGUUGGUUGAACAAGAUUUCUGUGUUUUUUUUUCUUCUUUUCUCUUCUUUUCAAUUGUUAUUUCUUUGUGAUUUUUCUACUUUUGAGUUGGUUGGGUGGGUUUUGGAGGAAAAGACCCAAGUUUUAACACAUUCUUAAUUAGAAGAUUAAAACUCAGAAUCAAAGAAGUAUUAUAUAUGUCUCUCAGUGGAAAAUCUUGGAAAAGAUUGACUAGUAUAUCGAAACCCAUAAUAUGCCUCAAGACGGUCUGAGAUCAUCCAUAUACAGGUCGUUUGUCACAUGUGAUGAUCCUAAAGGAGUUGUUAAUUGUAGAACAAUCAGAAAAUCCAAAUCAUAUUCCCUGAAAAUGAAUCAUCACAAGAGAGAACGCCAGAGAAAGUUGAAGAACUUGAGUACAACAUCUUUGAAUUAUGAGCCAGAGUUGGAGGAGAUAAUGGCAUCUAAAGGGAACCCAGAAGAAACUCAUAGCCCGGCUUCCUUUCAACUCAUGGAGGUCUCUAAGGGAGCUAAAAAGCUUAACCACAUGAUUGACUCUUGGACUAAGGGUGUCAAGUUUGAUGGGCAAUCUAAAGACAUAGCAAAGGAUUUGUUAAAAGGUGCUCUUGAUCUUCAAGAUUCUUUGGUUAUGCUGGGAAAGUUGCAAGAAGCUUCACAGUACAUGGCUCACCUAAAGAAGAAGCAGAUAGAGAAGAGUGAAAGAGGAAAAGAAGAUGAACCAUGGAUUAGAAGAACAAGCUCAGACCAGUUUAGGGACCAUUUUUCUGUGACAAGAUAUCAAAAGCCUCGACUUUCUGUUGAUGGGUAUCCUAGCAAUUCAACAGAGGAGCUUAAGAAGGUUAUAAAAGAAAGCCUUGUGAGCCAAAAUCUGUUGUCAAAAGCUAGAAAACAUCAUCAUGAAAAGGCUCGCUAUGUUCCUCAGAUGAAUUUGGACUCAGCUUCAACUUCUGGGUCUCCCUCGACUAGUUCAACCAGCCAAUCUUCAUUGGCGCGUCUUACUACUAACUCCCCAACUGCUUCUACAUCAGUAUAUCCUCAGACAACAAAAGGUCUUAAUUUGAUAGCCAAGCUGAUGGGUUUAGAAGAAUGUCCUUCGAAACCAUUGCAAAUUACUCCACAGAAUCAGUUUGAAGGACAGAAGAAGACACAGAACCAGCUUGAACCCGUCUUAGAUAUUGACAAGCCAAAGGUUAAACAAUCUCAAUAUGGAGUUCAGAAGGCUGAUCCAGAGAGAAGAACUUUGAAUGAAAUACUUGAGAACAUGCAAUAUAAAGGACUUCUGCGAAGCAAAUGUGCAAAGGAGCUUCAACCUUGUUUGAAUGAUUUCAAUGUGUCUCGUUCCAGACAGAGACUAAGUGAUAAUGGUCCACCUAUUGUACUUAUAAAACCUCUGCGAGUUCCAUGCCAGGGACCAAAGGAGACAAACAGACCGGCAUUUGAAGAAGAUGACCCUUUGUACAGAAGAAAGAUGCUAAGGAAACUGAGAAGAAAAGAAGAGCUUUAUCCCAAAGGAAUCAAUUGCAAAGAUGGGAAUGUGAAGCCUGAUAUGGUAAUACGCAGGAGACCACAUGCAGAAGAAACUACAAUUCGAGGUCUUAAGCAGGAAGCAGCUAAAGAGAAAAGAGUGGUAGUCGAAACUCCAGUGGAGAAAGAAGUUGCUGUCAACGAAAGAAGUGCUAUAGUUAAGUUAAAAGCCUAUCAAUCUGCAAACCAAAAACAACAGAAAAGUGAGGACAUUGACAAUAGAACUGAAAAGAUACUAAAGGUGACCACUGUAAACAGGAAAUCUUUAGACAAGGAUGUAGUGAAAACUAAAAGUGUUCCAAAGUCUGAAGUUCAAGCCAAGAAAACCCCAACAAAGGCAUUAAAGCCGGAGUCAGAAUCCAACAUGACAAGGAAACAAAUAUCUCGGCAACCGAGUACCAAGACAGGUGCCACUAAAAAUGCAGAACAAGGUGCAGCUUGUAAUUCCAUAUACCAAAGAAAGAAUCGCAUGAAGAAAGACAAGCCUGUGAACAAGCCUACAGCAGCUAAAACAGUUGCUGAAACUAGUGUGCGUGAAGAAGAUGAGAAGAUGGACAAUACCAGGGAAAUUGAUUGUCAUGUAGGAACGAUCAGCAGUACUCUAGAAAACCAACUCCCUGAACUUGAGGGUCAACCCCUUGAAGAAGAGGACAUAGAUAGCUCUGGAACUCAGAUUGGAGAACUUGGCAGGGAAGGGAAGAUUUCUCUUUUUGAAAUUGUGCUACCGACACCAAGUGCCAUCGAUGAAACAGACAGUGAAAAGGCAGAAGAAGCUCUCAAAACCAUAGAUGUCUGUCAAAGCACAUAUGACAAGUCUUUCACAAUGGAAGCCAGUUUGAGAGAAGUGCUCUUGAGCAGUCUAUCUUUUCAAAGUUGCGCAGAGGAGCUUUUUGAUGUGAACACAAACAGCUCUAGCAUGAUCAGUAGCAGCAUCAUUGAAACAACUUGCAUUGAUGAUUUUGAGGCUCCAACUCUGAGACUGCCUUUGGAAUGUGCAAAAGAAAUCAUCGAACUCAAAAGCUUUCAAGAUUCACAAACAGUCCAUCCUUUGUUACCAUACAUAGGAAAGCCGAGAAGAAGCAUAUCCAUAGAGAUGUUGGUUGAGGAAGUCAUGAAAGGGAUUGAGGCCCUUGCCAUUUACAGCAAGCCUGGUGAGGAUCUUGCCGAUUGUCUGUAUGCAACGUUAGAGAGAGACUUAACGUGCAAUGGUGUUGUGAAUGGAAUGUGGGAUUCUGGUUGGAAGACUGGAUUUUCUUUGGAUGAUGCUGAACAAGUUGUGAAUGACGUAGAGAAACUUGUAUUGACUGGGUUGAUUGAAGAGGUAUUUGCUUGAUUUGUGCUUUACCACACCGCAUUGUAACAAAAUAACUUUUUUUGCUAUUUUUUUGUUUUUUUGGGCAAGUUGUAAACAAGUUUUUUUUUAGUGUAAUGUUAGUUAUAUUUGUAUGUAUAUAUGAUAUUAAGAAAUGCUAAGAUCAUAAAUGGGAAGAGCUAGACAUCUUUGACUA